AUGCCCAUCUUGACAUCGCUGCGGCAGAGCCCGAGCUACCUCUACGUCAAGGUCUACUGCCUAUGUGCGCUCGUCACCCUCUUCCAAGCAGCGCCGGUGUCUUCUCGUAUACCGCAGCUGGGUCAGACGCUUCAGCUCAAUAAGUACAGGCUCAUCAGGACGCGGCUGGGUCCGCGUAUCGUGCCUGUCGAGGAGGCUGCAUCUCCGCCAAACCAGGAAGCUGCGUCAUCUCAUGCUGGCGCUCAACAAGCUCGAAAUGAGUUAAUACUCUCGAGCGACGUGCUCGGUCCCAGAGAGGCCGGCUCGGUCAUCAAGAAGCUCCUCAUAAGAUGGUCGGCAAGAGCUAAAGAUCUUGCACAAGUCAAGCAGCUCCUUCGCACGGAUAUCUCGGAUCGCAAGGCCUAUCCAGAACUGGAUUGGGAUGCCCACGUACGCAGGUCAUCCGCAUUGCACCAAGAGGAGGUCAACUUCCUGCGAAAGAGGCAGCAGCGGCUGUCCUCGCAAGGAAAGGACUCGCUUAAGCAGUUUUUGGAUCUUCCAGCUUCAGAGCAUGUCGAUCCUCGUGACGUACCACUGCUCGCCUUGGGUGGGUCGGGAGGCGGCUACCGCGCCAUGUACGGCUUUGCGGGCUUCAUUGCCGCUGCGAAGCACUCGAAGCUGUGGGACUGCCUCUCUUGGGCUGGAGGGGUGAGUGGAAGCUGCUGGACGCUGGCAGCCUACUAUACGAUCGCGUACCAAGAUGCGGACCGCCUCGUUCGACACUAUCUUGCCGUUGCGAGCGAGCUCGCCCACCCGAUGAGCGUGCAUGCCUUGGACACUGUGGCCCGGAGCAGUCGCGGCGUCUACUUCUUGCUCGGUCCUUUGAUUCGCAAAGCUCGGGCCGGGAUUGUCGGACUUGGCAUCAUGGACCUUUACGCUACUCUGACGACGACGUAUCAGUUCCUCUCGAGAGAGCCCAGAGCAAGGCUAAGCAGAGCCACCUUUCAAUUCUCGAAAAUGUGGUCCCGCUCUGGGAUCAGCUCAGGGGAGGAACCCAUGCCCAUCUUUACAGCCGUUCGCGUCGCUCCCCAUGAUGCACCGGGCGUUAGACCGCACACCGACUCCUCGCUCAGCAAAGGGCAGCCCCCCAAACGCGCUCUGACACAGCAUCAGUCUGCCGCAUCAGAUGCGCUCCGCUCUGGCAGCACUACGCCCGCCAGCGAUCCAGCGUCAGCCAUUGCAUCAGCAGCCAUCGACAACACCACGGAUGUCUUUGCACUGCCUAUCGCCAAAGGCUAUUUCCAGUGGUUUGAGGCCACGCCGCUCGAAGUCGGCAGUGCCGACGUGCAAGGUUACAUCCCGACAUGGGCGUGGGGUCGUCCUUUCGUCUCUGGCCGCUCACUCGAUCGCAGACCAGAGGAGUCGCUGUCAUUGCUUCUCGGUCAAUGCACCAGCGCGCCUGCUGGUCCUCUGACGGGCUACAUCUCGGCAUUGCUAGCAUCGCUGCCAAAGGGCACAGCAAUGUCACGCGCUCUGCACUUCCUCAACAACUUUGUUCGGAUGAAGCGAUGGGAGCGGAGAUGGGGCAAUCCGAUCCGCGCUGGUGACGAGCCCAACCCUUUCUACGGUCUCAACGUGUCUCCUGUGCCCAAGCCCGCCGACGCCGAAAAGAGCCGUCCCAGCAUUCUAGGUGUUGGCGUCGACAUUCUACACGUGCCUCGCUUGCGACAGCUUGCAAGCAGGCGGACGAAUCCGACCGAUCGAACGGAUCAAGAAGGGAAGACGGUCCAAGCGGCACAUCGAGCAGGCCUCGACAAGCUGGCCAAGCGCAUACUGUGCGAGUCGGAAUGGCAGGAAUACCAAGGCAUGGCAGGGCAGGAUACCGACACAGCACACAAGCUCCAAAGGCUGGAACAAUUCAUUGCGAAUCGAUGGAGCGCAAAGGAAGCCGCUUACAAGGCUCUAUACCCAAAGUACGUCGUCUCCUGGAAGGACCUCUGCAUCUCGAAGCCCACGUCUGCAGGCGGAGACACUAUUGGCCUUGGCGACGGCGUCGACCUCUCUCAACUCGAAAUGGACAACUCGUGCUCAAAGAAGCCGGUCAUGACCUUCUCCAACGAGUGGCGAUCGAAACAUCCGGACAUAUCAGCGGUGCCGAAGCUGCACCUCAGCCUGUCGCACGAUGGCGAAUACGUCGUGGCCAACGUGCUGGCCGAAGAGGCGUCUGCGUCCACCAGCAGCAAAUCAGAGCGAAAGCCUGUCGAGUGGAGCGAGCUCAAGGUCUCGCUGCCGUCUCCCGCCUUGCGAACAGAUGCGCUGGAGGAUGGGACAGAGCUGGAGCUGGGGUCUGCCUCUACGUCGUCUUCCGAGACCUCAUCCGCACGAGUGACACCGAAAGAUGUGACCAGCACCGCCUCGUGGGAAUCCCAAGGCCGCAUCCGUCUCAUGGACUCUGGCAUGUCCAACAACCUCCCCAACCACAUCCUUGCGCGCAAAGAACGCGGCGCCGACAUCAUCAUCGCCUUUGACGCCUCAUCCGACGUGCAGGCUGGGUCGGCCAUGCGACGCAUCCACAACUUUGCUGACGACUGCCAGAUCACGCUCUCGGAUCACACUCACCUGUUCACCCCACCAUCCCCCAUUGCUCCCGACGACACGGUCCAAGUCGAUCGAUCGAUGGAGACGAAGUUCAUACACCAGUACGCGCGGGUGCUCCAAGGCACACGAGAAGACGGAAGCACCUUCUAUCUCAUCUACUGCCCGCUGCUGCCGAACCCCACGAAUGCAGGCUACGAUCCGAGCACAUCGACCUUCAGCAACUCGUACAACCUCGUCUGGACUCCGGCGCAGGUCAAGACGCUGCUCACCACCUCGCGGGCCAAUCUCGAACUGUACGCUCUGCACACGAUCAAGCAGGUUAUGAGGACGGUGUAUUACGAGAAGAAAGCACGGCGUCUGUCCUCCCCAUCCCCAACUGUACCUUCCAUCCCAAUACCGGGAGCAGCACCUCGCAUAGAGACGAAUUGA